AUGAAGCUGAACCCAGCCAAAACUAAAUCGCCAAGUGACAUCAAUAGAAGCACAGUCAAAUCAUGUUCUGAGACCGGUUACUUUGGAGUCAAUGGUUCUUCUUGUCAUACGAAAAGCCCCGAUCACAUCGCUCAGGAUGGCUCUAAGUGUGCUGGUGGCUGUACACUUGCAACACAUCCAACAAGUUUAACCAAGAAGCAAUCCACUCCUGUCCCUGAUCCUUCUUACACCAAACCUACCAAGUCUUGUGACCUAGACGAGUUGGACCUGAGAUACAUAACCAUUCGUCGCGUGUCACAUCUCAACUCCAGCAAUUUAACUCAAACAAGUAAACCUGACCAAACAGACGGCACAUCAGAGUCAUACUCACAGGUUGUCAGAACCUUCACUGGUGAUCGAGAUGACAGCACACGUUACGAGAAGAAGACACCAAACCCUUUACCGUCGGGGAUAGAUAGCCAAUUAUCGGCUAGUGCUAGGAUGAAUCUGUCACGCAGCAUUGGACACAAAUCGUCGUGUACCAGGGUGGCAGGGUAUCGUAUAAUACAAGUCGCUGAAGUCAGUGGACAUGACAUAUCACCUUUAUCCAAUGGUGGUUGCUCUCCCGAUAUGGCGAACAUGCUCCUACUGAGGUCUGGUGACGUGGAACCAAACCCGGGUCCAAAUACCAAGCUUGGGGAUCUAAGUGAGCAUGAAUUGUAUCUCCUUGCUGACGGUAUGGAUCCAUCAGACCUUAGGAAGGUCGGACUAGCUCUAGAAUUCACUGAAGCUCAAAUAAGUCGAUUCAAGGAAGACAACAUUGGAAACAUAAUGCUAGCUACCUACAAGAUGCUUUGCGAAUGGCUCAAAACAGUUCGGCAUGAAGAAGCGAGGGAAAUACUGUCCAACAAGUUACAAGACAUACAUCUGGUACAGCUGGCAAACAGUGUUCUAAAAGGCCAGACCGGUGAUCACAUACCGUCACUGACAGAAGAGGAAAUCCAACGGGUCAUCAAAGAGGUCAAAGAAUAUUCUGCCCUUCAUCACUGUCAGAUUCCAGCAGAUCCACUGAACAGCAGUCUUCUAUUUCAAUUAGACCAGAUCUUCACCAAUUUAACGUUGAUAGAAGAAGGCCGUGGAACAACCCUAAAGGCACCGCUACUCUACGCAGACCUACUCAAGACUAAAGUCAACGGAGUCCUUCCUAAACGUUUGUUGGUUGAAGGUGAAGGUGGUGUGGGGAAGACAACUCUUUGUGCAAAGAUUGUUUGGGACUGGAUUCAUGGAGCUGGCUACCAAGAUUUCAAACUGGUUCUUCUCGUCCUUCUACGUGAUUUAGAGGGUAAGACUCUUGGAGAGAUACUAAAGUCUUACCUCCCAGACGACAAUAUGGUUACAGCUAUGCAGCUAAACAAAUAUGUCUUCUCACAUCAGAAAGACGUCUUUCUUGUUCUGGACGGCCUAGACGAGUUAGCUGGUGAUCUAAAUAACCCUCACCAGAUCGCCUUGAUCAUCAUAAAUCGGCUGUUUAAGUCAGGGAGAGUGCUAAUCACAUCUAGAAGAUGGCGAUCAGAUGAGGUACGGAUAAAUUUGGAUCUUAGAAAGGUGUAUGCUUUCAUUGCGGUCGAAGGCUUUUCUGCUAACAAUCUUUCUUCCUACAUCACUAAGUUCUUUCAUCCAGACACAGCUUCAGCUGAGCAAUUGAACCAAUUCAUAUCAACCAACGAUGUAAUCAGAGAAAAUAUGGCCCCGUUUCCAAUAUACACAGCAAUGCUGUGCGUCAUGUGGAAAGACUUUGAUGGUGAACGCCGUGUUGCAAUGUCCAAACUGCAAACAUUUUCCCAACUGUUUGAUGAGAUGAUCCACUUCUUAAUAGAUCAUUAUCUUUCCAAGCUCCAUAUGUCUGCAAGUGAUAAUGGUGGAGAAGUGGAUCGAGAACGGAAGAUGAUCCUAUGUCAUCUAUCCAAUAUUGGUUGCCUUGCCUGGCAGGGGCUCAAUCAGAGGAGGCUAGUAUUCACUGAAGAGGAAUUCCAGACCUGGCCGGGUUCUGUGGAUACAGGUUGCCAAGUCGGAGUACUCACUAAACAAAGGCAAACCCUUUCACGGAGAGAGAGAAGACAUCAUUCUCAUUCUUCAGUCUCAUCUGUCCAGUUCCCUCAUAAACUGUUUCAGGAGUAUCUAGCAGGAAUGUAUCUGACAUCUCUUCACAACUCAAACAGAAGCGAGUACAACAGGUUGAUGAAGGACAUAAUCGGAAAUGCAAGCGAAUUCCGGGAGCUUCUGUACUUCACCUCGGCCCAGAAGAAGGAGGUCGGAUUGGAUAUCGUGUCUCAUCUCACAGCAGCAUCAAGAGGUACUUCAACGUGGCAAAUGGGAUAUGGGCGAAUCGAUGAUGACUUCAUUGCUGAUGUAGCAUAUGAGAGUCAAGACCAAACAGUGGCUAAAGCUGUGGCAGAUCAUCUAUCGACUUCAUCCAGCAAGGCACUUGUGAUCGGGGAGAAGAUACCGGCGCACACAGUAGCGGGUCAUAUCUUCAUCAUGAAUCAUCAUAAAGUGGCAUGUGGAAAGACUGCUUCAGAGGACCUGGCUGACUUCAUGUGCUCCUCAUCCACUCUGAGAUCAGCA